AUGCUCAAGCUGUUUGCGAAGAUUAUUUUGAAAAUCCCUUUCAAGUUCAAGGAUAGUUUUUGGCGUUUUUCCCGGAGGUAUAAGUAUGAUACCACAGAAAGACACUUCACCUUUAUAAGACCAAUUUACGCAGGAAACGCUAUUGCCAAGGUGAAAUCAAAAGAUCCUAUCAAAGUUCUAACUGUCAGAGGAACAGCAUUUCCUCCUGCUACCAUAAGUGAUCAAGCAGGAGCUUCAACUGAGGCCGCACCUGAAUCCGAGAAGCCUGCUUUGACUGAAUGGAUUGGCGAAACACUUCAAAAAAGCGAUCGACCAGAGCUUGGCUCAGCAACAAAAGUUGUAUCGGGUGGUCGAGCUUUGAAAAGCAGGGAUAAUUUUGAUAAACUAAUUAAUAAUCUUGCCGAUUCAAUGGGAGCUGCUAUUGGAGGUUCAAGAGCUGCUGUAGAUGCAGGAUAUUGUGAUAAUUCCUUACAAGUUGGGCAGACAGGGCAUGUCGUUGCGCCAGAAUUUUACUUGGCGGUUGGCAUUAGUGGUGCAAUACAGCACGUUGCUGGAAUGAAAGACAGUAAAGUGAUAGCGGCAAUUAAUAAUGAUCCGGAUGCUCCAAUUUUUCAG